AUGCAAGCACCUGGCCCAUCACGCAUGCAGCGCCGCUCCCCCGGCGCCACCGAACCUGGCCCUCCUCCGAAUGUCCCCGUUCGCUCCAUCUCGCCCGGCGUGGGCAUGAACCCCCAGAUGCGGUCGUCGACCGCCUCGAGCCGGUCCGCGCAGUCUAGCAGCUCGCGCAGAGGAAAGGACUCGACGGGGUCUGCGAACAUGCCCCUUUCCCAAAUCGAGAAGAGCGUCACCCAUCUCCUUGUCGCUACCAAACAGCUGCUCGAAACCCUGACACAAUGGUCUCGAGGCCAGGCGACCGACGGCCAAGUGUCCGAUGUAUAUGUUAGGCUGGGAUACGAGUUCAACAUGGCCUGUCGUGCGUUCAGCGCUAUCAACGUCGACACGUCCGACUUGGGCAAUGUUCCAGAACUUCUUCGCAACAUACUCGAGUCGACUCUGAGCCAGGAAGCGAGCACAGAAAGCCUCGAAAAAUACCUGCCAAGGAUACGAGACAUUAUUAUCAACUUGUUACACGGCCUCAAGAGGAAACAGCAGAAACUCCGGCAGAAACAGGCGCGGGACAGGGAAGCCGGCGCAUCAAGUUCUGCCCCGGAACGCACCUCAGCACGCGGCGCAGGGUACGAACCCUCGCCUGUCCGGGCGCCGAGCCGCAUCGCCGAGGAGAUUUCCACAUCAGACCUCCCGCCCAGGUCGGGCAUGGUCGACAGUCCGACAGCAAAGACCCCGGAAGACAAGUACCCCAAGCCAAGCGCAACACUCAACGGACCGUUGCCGAGCGAUCUGCCGGACCUGCCCCCGUACUCGCCUGAAAAGGAGAAGACUGAGCCGGUGCCAACGUCGGUACUUGAUAAGGAGCAGCCACCCCUGCCCCGGGAGGUCAAGACGCCCGAGAAGAAACGGGCCGAGAAUUUCCUCCAGGAGGCCUCGCCUCCCUUGACCAAGGACCUGACCCUCUUCCUUCAGUACAAGUCGAAGGUCAAGAAAUUCGUCCUGCCCGAGGGCUACAGUGAUCUCUCGAUUGGGCGUCUGCAACUGGCGUUUAUCGAGAAGUUUUCCUGGAACACACAUUCGAAUGGAGCAGAUCUACCCGACAUCUAUAUCCAAGACCCUGUUUCCGGUGUGCGACACGAGCUGGAGGAUCUGUCAGACAUCAAGGACCGAACAGUCUUGGUGUUGAACAUUGAAGCCUUGGACGAAGUAAAGCGCCAUGUUGAUGAAGGCAUCGGGUCACUGAAACAGAUCAUCCAGGACGUCAAGCAAGGCAUGAGUGACCAGAGCAUUGCGCUGCAAUUAGUCUCUGAGCGUCAGCAGGAGACGGCCACCGAACUGGCCAGGCUGGCCGCCGCGCCCCCCACGAUUGUACAGACGGCAGAGGGCUCCAAGGCCACGGCCGUUGCCUCCGGUCGCAAGCUGACCCCGGGUCACCUGACCGAGCUCCAAAUCUUGCGCCGUGACCUUGCCGUCAUGCGUCAGACGUACUCGAACUUUCAGUCUGAGAUUCAGGGCUCCAUGACCGCCAUUCGCGCCAAGGCGAGCAACGUCAAGGCGGCAACGAUCAACGCGUCCGUGCCGCACAUCAACGGCGACGGCGGCUACACCUACGUCUCCAAGGGCCGCGAGCAGCUCAACCAGGACUCGGAUAGGCUCGUGACCAAGGUGGACGACUUGCAAGACACAGUCGAGGACCUCCGCAAGGACGUCGUGCACCGCGGCGUGCGCCCCCUGCCCAGGCAGCUGGAGGGUGUGGCCAAGGACAUCACGCGCCUGACGAUGGAGCUCAAGAAGGAACUCGAGGACGUCUGCAAGGGCCGCGACGAGCUGCGCCUUAUGGAGGAUCUCAUGGUCGAUCUGCAGGACGAUCUCGAGAAGGCCUCGGAAACAUUCGCCCUCGUCGAGGCCGCCACCAAGGAGCAGCUCAAGGACAACGGCACCGGCGCGAGGGCGUCCUCGGCGAGGUCGCGCCCUGAUGCCCAACACGAGGACCGCCUCGAGGCCAUCGAGCGCGCCGAGAAGCUGCGCCAGCGCGAGCUCGCCACGCGCAACACGAACAAGCUGCAGCAGGAGCUGACCAACUUUGUCGAGGAGGGCAGGCUCAAAAAGUCCGGCGGGUUCGAGGAGGUCGAGCGCGCGCGCACGGCCAAGGAUGAACGCAUCCGACGGGAGGUCUGGGAGCGGCAGAACGGUCUCAUCAUGGACGACUUUGGCGACGAGGAGUUUGACGAGGACGAAGAGUUUGAAGGAGAAGAAGGCGCCGAAGAGGCAGGGGACGAGCAGCUGCUGGAAGAUGUCAAUGGCGACGAGGCGGCCGUCGACACACCGCCUUCACCGCCGCCGGCCGAGGCAGCGGCCCCGGUCGUCAACGGAAAUGUGUCAUGA